UUCCCUGUAGUUGGGGGCCUAGAAACGAAAUGGCGCCAAAAAUGAUGCUAAUAAUCAGGGGAGGUAAAUGUGAGAAGCGAAGAAAGAGAGGGGAGGUAAUCGACUUAGCAACAGGCGUAAAUAAAUAAGUUUCAGUGAAGUUGUUAUGUUGUUAAUAUCCUCCGUUGGCAAAACAUAUUUAGACUAAAUGUGGACUAAAUUUCUCAUUGAAAUGACAAAUAUACGACAUUUUGACGCUAUGAACAUAUUCCUAUAUUCCAGACACAAAGUUUAUAAGUAAUUACCUUAUUCUACCUUAAUUAUGUCUAGUCUUUCAGGUAGUUCUAGCAUUGAAAUACCUUUGGACGCUUCUCUCGAAAAUCAAGUACAAGAAUUUCGAGCUGCUCUGAGAAGCUUUGAGGAAGAUUUAGAAAAUGAAGAAGUUGAUCAUAGCCAAGCUAUGAGUCAUAGUAAACACUGCAUCUCUGAGCCAGAUGCUUACGGAAACUAUUCCCAAGACAAUUCAGGAAAUGAUACAACAGUCAAAGGAUUGACCCAUCCUCAAGAACCUCAACAAAAGAUGUCAUCAGUGAUUGCUGCUAAACAGGUUGAAAUGGCUAAUCUCUCUGACAGUUCUGAUCUUCAACCUGGUUCAGAGCAGAUAUUUGAUGACAUAAGUACCGGUUCUUAUAGGAAGCUGCCUCUGACCAGUGAUUCUCAACAACUUUCUGAAAGACCAGUCUAUGGUUUUCCUAAACCUAAAACACAAGCUUUAAUGACUGCUUUGAGAAGUUUUGAGAAGCAGAUGAAGAAUUUAGAAUCUGAGCUUAAUCUAGCAAUGAGUCGCAAUAAGCAACUCCUCUCUGAGGCAGACACUUACAAAAACUGCCCAAAAAACAAGGCUGGGAAGGAGACAUUUGAAAGCUUAGCACCUCAGCAGAGUAAACCUGAAGGAAAAAGAACAUCAGUGACUGCCACUAAACAGAAGGCUGAUCAAGUACAGAUAUUUAGUCCUCCCAGCUGUUGUGAUGUCAGACCACACUCAGAUCAGAUUUUUGAUAUCAGCACUGGUUCUUACAAGAAACUUCCAACAACAAAGCCUUCAAUCAACGAUGAUCAUCAGACUUCUGAUAAACCAGUCUACACUUUUUCUGAAACAAACAUAGAAGCUUUAAUGAAUGGUCUAAAAAGUUAUAAGCAGCAUGUUGAUAUUUUGGAAUCUGGACCUAGCCAAGCUGUAACUCAUACCACACAGUGCGCCUCUACUGAGACAGAUGAUCACAAAAAUCAUUCACAAAGGAGUUCAAGGAAUGAAACAACAGCUGAAAGAUGGACUCAUCCUCAAGAUGUAAUUGCAUCAAUAGCCAGAAUUAAAUCAAGGUGUGUUUUGCUGAAGAAAAACUUAGAACAGCUGAGGCAAUUGGCUUUGAAGGCAGAGCAAAACAAGGUAAACCUACAGAAAGAGCUGGAAAAUCAAAAGAGCAGUAAAACUUUAACACUUCAUCAAUCCUCAACGCAUCAAUUAUCUCUGGACCAAAUUACAGGACUUGAACGAGAAAUAUUACAACUGUCGAUUAUUCAAAAUGUGGCUGAACAACGGAUUAAGCUUUUGGAACAAGCCCUGGCAAUAGAGAAAAAACAAAUGGAAAGAUUAGAGACGGCCUUAAAAUCGUUAACCCAUCAAGAUGGCGCCGAUGUUAACAUGCAGGACGUUUUCACUUUAACGAAACCACACAGCAAAUGUCAGCAUCUCGACUCUUCGGCAAACAAAAGACUAAUUACUGGUACCGCUUCGACAGACUGUGCAAGUUCUUCUUUGCUGAACUGUAAUAACCUCCAAGACCUGUUUGCUCAACUCCAAAGAGAAUUCUGUCAAUUGACAUGGAAACACCAGAAUUUAACGAAACUGUAUAAUGAAACCUGUGAGAGCCAAUUACACAAAGAUCUUGAGACGGAGAUUGACAACCUUGUGGAUCUGAUGGAAACAAAAGCAAAGCAAAUGGUUAAAAUUCGCAAAGUCCUCUACCCGCCAAAGAAAGAAACUAAACAUGAAAAGAGGAAAAAACGAGAAACCAACCAAUCACUGUGUAAAACCAAAACUGCUUCCUUAGGGAAUCAUUCAAGAACUUCGAAAAGGGCUUGCAGGAAUCUACCACAGACAGGCUCAGAAAAUGUGGCGAGAAAACCUCAUCAAAUUUCAAAAGAUACCAGAAAAUUACAAGCUACGUUGCGCCAAGAGGAUUUACGUUGGGUGUGAUUAUCAGACAUGUGUUAGGGAUUAUCUCAUAUUUUAAACCAUUUUUGACAAUUGAAAGGUACACAGAAACGAAUGGCGUCAGCAUUUCAAAUCAUGCCUUUUUCUGUUCAAGAAUAUUGGAAUGGUUCUGCAAGACGUUGCACUAUUCUCUAUAUUUUAUUUUUUAAAAUAUAUUUUUGAAGCAAUCAAUGGAGUGAGGUGACCCUAACGAGCUGUGUCCCUCGUUUGCUUUGAUUCCUGGUCUUAGCUAAAUUGCUUUGUGGAAGUAAGUAGUCCUCAUUGCGCUGAUUAGAUUUAUGCAUACUUUGUCAUUUGAGAUGUGGAGAAUUCCAGAAAGUACCUGACUGUCAGAAGCGACUUAACUUGGUCCCCUGUCUCAAGUGCACGUGCAUGGAACCAAGUUUAGUCAGUCCCUGUGCAGUAAGGGUUAAUACUGCUUAAAGAGAUUCAAACAAGGUGCAAAUAUCAUUCCGUCUCUGAAAUAUUCCAGAGAACUUUUGCUUGAUCCAAAGACCUUAAUAGAUUCUUUCAUUCAUUUUUCUAAUUUACAUUUCCAUUGCUUAACCCUCUAGCAUUUAAACUGGCCAUAUCUGGGCCCAAAUAUUCCACAUGUUUUAUGUUCAAACGGACCAAAUCCAGCCUCUUAUACAUAGCCUACAAUGUCAUGUUAAAAAUGCGCAAUCACAUCAUUGAAAUCUCAGAGCCAUCAGAUAUGCAUUGUUGAUUCAAAUCAUCAUCAUCAUCAUCAUCGUUUAACGUCCGUUUUCCAUGCUGGCAUGGGUUGGACAGUUCAACUGGGGUAUUGGAAACCAG